AAAAGUGCAAGUAUUUUCGUAGAAUGCAUUAUUACAUCCAGCGUUCUGUUGGAGCAUUGUAGUACCCACCCCAACAACAACCAACAAUGUCUCAUCUCACGAUUCUCUUCGUCAUCGCUUUGGCGAUCGGACAAGGAGUGGUAGCGAGAGCAGUGGAGAAUGACUCGAAGGCGGAGCAGUCCGGCUACGGGCUGGGCUCGGUGGUGGGCGAGGCGGUGCUGGUGGAGGGCGGGCACGGGCUGGUGGGCGGGGGCUCCGCCGCCCUGAACAACGCCGCCGCCGUGGGCGCUGCCCAACUCAGCGCCAUCCAGAACGCGCAGGCCGUCCGCGCCGCUGAGAUCAACAACGCCGCCGCCGCCGCCAUCCAGGGAGCCCGCAACGCCGAGGGCGCCGCCCGCGUCGCGCAGGCCAACGCCAUCCAGAGCGCGCAGGCCCUCGAGGCCGCCAAGAUCGCCAACAUCCAGCGCGCGCAGGCCGCCGCCAUCGAGAACGCGCGCGCCACCGAGGCCGCCCGCCGCGCCGCCAACGGAGCCGCCCUGGAGCUGGCGCGCGCUGUGGAGAACGAGCGCAUCGCCAACGCGGCACGUGUCCAGGCCAUUGCCAUCGCCAACACGCGCGCCGUGGAGGCGGGGCGCAUCGCGCAGGCGGCGCGCGCGCAGGCCGCGCAGGUAGCCAGCACGGCGGCGCAGGCGCAGGCCGUGGCCGACGCCGUCGCCAUCCAGGCGCGCGAGGGUGCGCUGCUGCUGGGCGGCGGCCUGGGCGGGCGGGAGCUGGCGCUGGGCGGCUACGGGCGCGAGGUGCUGGUCGGAGGCCUGGGCUACGGUCUCGGCGGCGGCCUCGGCUACGGCUACGGCAAGGGCUACGGGCACCACUAAACUGCGACCAGAUUGAUACAAGUUAAACUCACUAUAUGAAACUUUCUACAUCCAUUUUGGUUAGUGUAAUUGAAAUGGUGAACGGCAGAAUGUGAUCUCUGAGUUUGUCUGGUCAUUGUAAAUAUGUAUGUUACUUGAAAAAUAUUAGGUGUGUUUUUUUCUGAAUAAAGAACUAGUUAUUGCUCA